GUUCUUUGAUGUUCUUUGCCCGAACUUUGCUCGGCUGAGCUCUUCAGCGAGCCCCACCCACACUCUGUGCGGCCCACUUGGCCUCCUUCUCGUGCCUGGCACCUGCGGUGGUCAACGACGCCAUGGGUUUCGGGCGGCUCCUCCAGCUACUGGCUGACCAGGUGGAAGACCUCCAUCCCUCCGACGUCAAUGUGGCCCGGUCUCGUCAAGGUGCUUCAGCUUUGGACUUAGAUGCGUCGCUUCUGCACCAAGUGCCAAAACGAAGGCGCUCGGGUGCAUCCAAUCAAUGAAACGCCAUCAUUACUAUAUUUGACUAGUGGCACUGUACCCUAGUAACUGAGGCGCAUCUUCCUCAUUGCCGCGCCUGUCACCGUGUUGGCAGCGGCCUUUUUCGAGUGCUCUGCUAAGCACCGCAUGGCUGAGACGGAUUUGUCAGCACCUUUGCCCAAGGUGGUGGAAGCUGCCACAAAAGAGGAAGAGGCCUCCAGUCUUAGAAGUGCAGUGAAGGUGCUGGAGCCAUAUAUAAGUGGGCCGACAUCUCUGAAGUGUGCCGGCUAUGCAGCAGCCCACUUGACCCUGCUAGGGGUUGGGCUUUAUGUGGAUGUUGCGCUGACACAGUGGAAUGGUGUCUUUUGGACUGCUCUCCAGAACCACCAGUCCAAGCAGUUCUACCGCCUCCUUUGGGACUUCGUGAUCAUCACCGGAGUGACGGGCUUCGUUGGCACCUAUAACGACUACCUCAGCGGAAUGUGGCACCUGCACGCACGUGACCACCUCACACGGCACUUCAAUCAGCUUUGGGUGAGCAAUGGCGCCAUGUGCAUGAUGCGACAGAGCUCCAUACAGGUGGACAAUCCUGACCAACGCAUCGACCAGGACGUGGACGAAUUUGUAGGAUCGACACGGGAGCUUUUCUUCGGAGGCUUAGGAUCCAUUGUGAGGCUGGGCAUUUACUUUCCCAUCCUGUUGAGAUCGGCUCCAGCUCCACUGUUGGGCUUCGUCUUGGUGUGGCCCAUCUUUGGCGCCUUGAUGACGCACGGCCUGGGCCGACGCUUGAUCCCCUUGUCCUUGGCCGGAGAGUCCGCCAACGCCGACUUCCGCUCGGAGCUGGUCUUCGCGCGCGAGAAGGCGGACUCCUUAGCCUUGAUGGGCGCUGGGCCUCAUUUGGCGGAGAAUCUUCAGGAACGCUUUGAGGUCAUGAAGCGCGUGGCCUAUGCGGAGUUCGAUGUCACCAAGUUCCUGAAUUUCUUCAAGAUGAUGUAUGAAGAAUAUGGCACGGUGGUGCCCUUCGUCCUGUUGGCCCCGGCGUACUUUUCGGGCGCCUUAGACCUGGGAAAGCUCAUGCAGCUCCGCAUGAUCGUGGAGCGUGUGUCCCAGAGUUUGACCUUUCCAGUGGCAGCUUAUGAGCAGGCUGUCGGUUGGCGCGUGGCGGCCAACCGCUUGGCCGCCUUGGCAGCCGCCACGUCCGCGGUGGCGCCGCCUUCUUCGGAUUCCCCGUCCGCGCCGGGGCUGGGGAGUCCGUCGGUCCUGCGUGUGGAGGGUGUCGACUUGAAGACGCCCCAGGGGAGGCUCCUUCUGGAGAAUGUGAAUCUCGAAGUAUCUCCUGGAGAGCGGCUGCUGCUGGUGCUUCCAGCCUCUGGCGGGAAGUCCUUGCUCCUCCGAGCCAUCGCUGGACUAUGGAGCCACAUGUCAGGCAGUGUGCGGAAAGACGAGGAUGCCGUUUACAUUCAGGGAUUUGAGUUCCCUCCCCUCAGUCUACGGCAACUCCUCUCCUAUCCGCAGCCGCCGGAAGGAGAUGCGCAACUGGCCUUGCACCUAGUGGAUUUGGGACACCUCCUUGCGGCACAUCCACCUGACCGUCCCUGCCAAUGGGAGGAGCGAUGGGAGGAGGUGCUGAGCCCUGAAGACCAGCAGCGCUUCCUGAUGGCUCGACUGCUGCUACGACAGCCCAAGCUGGCCUUGCUGGAUGAACCCUUGGCAAACUUGCCAGAUGAGGAUGCCCUCCGCUUGCUGCGGCAGAUCCCCAGUGAUACGGCGAUCGUGAGCUUUUCAAGGACUCGUCGCUUGGCUGCUGCUCAUCAUCGCGUCCUUGAACUGGUGGGAGCGACCGCCACGGAAGAUCAGGUGGGCGAAGGAAAGAAGACGAGCGCUGCGCGGCCAAUCCGCUUGGGGCACAAAGUGAAAAGCACCGAGUCCUGACGGAGGAUCAGAAUUGCCUAACUUGGGAGCUGAUUCGAAGAAAAA